AUGACACCUUCCAAUAAACAUGAUUGGUAUCUAGAUGAUGUAUCCGUAAAAGAUCCAUCAUCAGUAGAAAUGUUGACAAAUGGCGAUUUCGAAAGUAGUCCAACAUUGACUGGAUGGAAUACAGGAUCUGGUGGAGCUAUAUCUAGCACUCAAUCCCAUUCAUCGAGUCAUUCUUUUUAUGUGUCGUUUAAUUCUGUAUGGAUCUCACAAUCAUUUAAUGCCCUAAGUGGUGUCAUAUAUAAUGUUAGUUAUUGGAUCUAUUUUGAAAGAACAUCAAAUGGUAACGAUCCUACUGCGGUCUUAGAUGUGACAAUAAAUUAA